AUGUCGGUCAUACGAGAGACAAUAUGCAGCGUCAAUACAGAGCUCGACCGGCUGCAGCAGCAUGUCACGACCCAGACCCUGAACACACCUCAGUCUCGUGAAUAUAUCGGCCAAUUAGAAGAGGUCAUCCAUGCAAUCUCCGUGACCUCCAAGACACAACCAUUUCUCGCCCCCCAUCGGCUGGCAGACUUGCUAUCCGAUCCGAUUUUCUCUACCCUGCAGGCGCAGUCCACGAUCCCGGGCCUCUCGGGCGAGGAAACCAGUGACUAUGUGUGGCUCGUCGCCGCAAAGGCGGCGGCGCAGAUCUCAGGCCUGAUGAUGAAUACGUUCCUAGACCAAACGCUCCAGUUGAAUGAUGAGACCUACUAUUGGACUGAAAUACUCGGAUCGGUCUGGUAUAGUGCACUAUAUGCUCUACAGAAAUCGCCAGGCCAAUUGUGUCGCUGGACCAGGGAGGCUUACCUGGCCCAGAUAGAUCAAGGGACACCUACCAUCGCCCAGCGGUGGACCCAAUUCUAUCAGAUUGCCAGUCAAAAUGCUUGGCAAGUGGGUGGUCACUCCGUGCGGUCUCAUUUGCUUGCCCCGCUUCGAUACGGCCGGGCAGAAAUCCGACAGAAACGGGAUCGUUUGUUGGCAAUGAAAGAGCUCCAUGCCAGUAGUCUGGGCCUUUUGAUGGAAGGAUGGCACUUAUUCGCCACGAAAAGUUCCAAUGGGACCAAGACCGAGCUUCCCGGAAAGAAAUGGCACGAUCAGACAGAACAAUCAGUAAGUUUAAUAGAAGCUAUCUUUCAACAGAUGGCUCUCGGAUCCACCACCCAGGAGCUUGAGCAAGGUGUAUUCACCGCCGUCAACAUGACCCCCAAGUCCAUGCAUCUGCAUCCAAACGCAGGCCGUGUCCAAACGCCGUUGGAUAUCAUUGAGCGACUGGUACACGUUCUCCGUCAGGAAUUGCCGAAUCAAACCCGCUCCGCGUCGCGAUUUAUCAAUCAUCAUGGCCGCCCCUCGCGCGUUGUUCGUUACUGGCUACCGGUAUCACUUGCGGUCCUGUCAACAAGUGCAUCCACAAAGUUCUUGUUCAACCGAAAAGAUGAAAUCAUCCAGGGGCUUGUCAACGUUGGUUCGACUACCCUCGAUUUCUGGGGAAAUUGGGUUGUGGAUCCGAUCAGAAAAUUAAUCGGUACGAUUCGACACGACGAGAAGAGCGAAAUUGCCAUCAUGAGCAAAAACAGCUUGCUCGCCGAUCGGGCCAGUCUGGAAAGAAUGGUAGUGGACUUUGUUCAAGAUCGUCCGGACCUUCACGAGGGAUUGGCCGAUACAACUGCGAUUGUGAAUUCAGUCAAGGAGGGGGACCUCACACCAGUAUUGAAGGCAUACGAGAGAGAUCUCCGGUCACCUCUUGUGGGGACCAUCAAGGGCGAUCUCAUCCGUGCCCUCUUAAUUCAGAUCCAAAAAACCAAAGUGGAUGUGGAGAUCGCCAUCAGUGGAAUUGAUGCCCUGCUGAAGAGCCAGGAGCUUGUGUUCGGAUUUGUUGGUCUGACUCCGGGAAUACUGGUUUCUUUGGCCACUAUCAGGUGGCUAGGUCACCUUUUCGGGAACAGACGAGGAUCCCAAACGAAUAAACAGCGCCAUGAGCUCAAACGUGGAUUGCGGAAUGUGGCCCGAAUUUUAACUUCUUCUGUAGUGUCACCCAGUGGCACUGUCCCUUACAAGGAUUCCGGGCAAUUGAUUUGCGAAGCAGAGGCUCUUCUCCAACAUGCCAAGGCAAUUUCCAAUGGCAUGCAGUAUCAAGAGUUCCGGGAAGACAUCCAAGAUCUUCUCAACGUCCAGCACGGUGUUGACAAGCAGCUCCGGGUGAUUGAAAGGAUGAGGUGGGCGUAUUUCCAAUAA